AUGGAAAACCUAUUCCAUACGUAUGGAAUAGUAUCUCGACGUAUGGAAUAUGGAAUAUGGAAUAUGGAAUAUGGAAUAUGGAAUAUGGAAAAUUCCAUCCAUACGCGUAUGGAUAGAAAGCCUGUUGGCUACCGCGAGGUCUUUGACGCUGAAAUCACGGGAGCUCUCUCUGGCCUUAAACACGCAUUACACCUUGAUAACACACGCCCAAUCACUAUAUGUGUUGAUAACUCAGCCGUAGUUAGAGGUAUUGGAGGCACGGCCCCUAUGUCGUCCAGGUCUGAAUUUCUCGACUUCCAGGCGAUCGGCGAUAGACUACCUGGCAGAGUGACUGUUAGAUGGACACCUGGACACAAAGACAUACCUGGUAACGAGGCAGCGGACGCCCUCGCCAAGAAAGGCGCUGCGAAGCCCCUCCGCGAGCUCCCCCCCUCUAUCGCGCAACGCAAACGGGAGGUAAAAGGCCUACUACCCCAACUCUUCAAAAGAUGGUGGGAUACUGUCCAGAAGGAUACCUACCAGCACAUGGGGCUGAAAGCCGAUUUGAACAAACAUCCAGAGCUAGCCCUCCCCAGAACAAAACUCCGAUAUCUUCUAGCAGCUAGAUCACACCAUGGUGACUUUGCCGCGUAUCACCAACGCUUCCACCAUGAUGGCGCUCCCCUGGAGUGCAGCUGCGGACACGAAAAGACACCAACACACCUGUUCUAUUGUCGAAAAGUCCCAAUUAGCCUACGAGCUCGGCUGGCACCCGAUGAUUCGAAGGCUAUUGGUCGCUAUCUCGGCACAGAGUAUGGUGUGUUCUGCCGAAUUGCGGAGGUGUACUUCAAGUAUAUCUGCCCAUAUAGGUAG